AUGUUAGUUAGAUUACUAUCAACUAUUUGCUACAGAUAGAAACUAAGAUUACAAGUCAACCGUAACAUCAAGAAAUACGGCGAUAGGCUGAAUUGUGCAUUUAAAUGGACUUUAGAACCUGAAGAUGAUUUUUAGCAUAUCCUUACAUCUAUCAUAGCAAAAAUACUAUUAUCUUAUCCGGUAAUUCUAAUAAAGAGUUGGCAGAAGAUUGCUGAAUAUUUGAAUAUUAAAUUAAGAAGUAUGACCCUUGAAAAUUUGCAUAUCGGGAAUGCCAAAUUUAAGUUCUCAAUAAUAUUAGAGGAAAAGAUGUUUUUAUCAUACAAUCCACUUCUCCUCCUGUCAAUGAUAAUUUAAUAGAAUUAUUAUUAUUAGUAUCUGCUUUAAGAAGAGCAUCAUCAUGAAAAAUAAUAAUGGUGGUACAUUACUAUUGACUAAAUAAACUUGCUUAAAAAUUUAAAUUAGCAGUUAUUAUAAUUACAACCAAAAUAGACUUUUACAAGAAUGACUGAAAUUUCAAAUGUAUCCUUAAUAAUAUAUUUUCAGGAUUGCAUCAUAGUAGAUGACAUGAUUGAUACUGCAAGCACACUCUCUGAAGUCUCUAAAGUCUUGAAGGAACAAGGAGCUAUUAGAGUUUUUGCAUUUGCAACUCAUGCCUUAUUCUCUGGCAAAGAAUUUAUCAAUCUUUCCAGUCCUUCCUUAGAUUAGAUUAUAGUUAUAAUAUACUUGCCUUUUAAUUAUUAUAUAAAUAUAAUUCCUUCAAACCCCAAGAAGAUGAGAUCUUAGGAGAAAGAAUCUGCAGAUUGUCUGUUGAUAUCCUAUCUAGUUAAUAUUAGCUCCUCUGUUUGCAGAGGCUAUUUACAGAAAGAAAGCGUUUCAACAUUAUUCAAUAUUGUUAGUUUACAAUUUAUUAACCAAUAUCAAAUAUACGAAACAUUGAUUUAUUAAACAAUUUCAGAUAUAAAUUUUCAUUUUUAAAUAAGAUUCUUAACUUUUAGAACAUAACAAGUAUUUUUUCGAAGUUGA